GGGGAAAAAAAUCAACAUCAAGUCUCUUCCUCAACACUUCUUCGUUUUUUCACAAACUCAUAUGAUAAUAUACAUCUACUCAUAACCAACAGAUGACAAUAUGGCAAGGAAAGGAACAUCAUUUAUUACAUUGUCAAAAAUAGAAAACAUUUUGAUGUUUGUCAUAAUUUGGGCAUGUAUUUUAAGUAUACACUAUGCCUAUAGAAAAUCAGGGACAGAUGCUCUUAAUAGAAUUCGUAGCACAAUAAAUAUCAUUCCCAAAAGUGUUGGGAAAGAAACCAUAAAUAAAGACAGUGACAAAAAGGUUAUUUUGGAGGAAUCUGAUUUUCUGCAACCUGACUUAGAAGCAAAAGUACAGAAAGAAUUAGAGGAAAUAAAAAAAGAACAAGAGAAAGAAUUAAAGAAAGAAUCUAUUAGGAAGAAAGAAGGAGAGUUUUAUAGCACAUAUAAGGAAGAUGAAGUCUAUAAGUGGUUUGAUGAAAGGCCUAAACGAACUGAUCCCUUAAAAGAUCCUAGUGUCAAAAGCUCAAACCAACCAAAAUAUUUGAUAAAAGGAGAAAAUAUUUGCAAAGGGAAAACAGAUAUUUUAUUUUAUAUUCAUAGCAAAAUUAGCAAUGAGAAAAAUAGAAAGGCAAUUCGACAGACCUAUGCUCAUCCAGAAAAUUUUAAAAAGUUGACUGUAAGGGUUGUUUUUAUUCUUGGAAAAGGAGCAAAUGAAGCAGAGAAAAGUAAAAUUAUCAAAGAAAGUGAGACUUAUAAGGAUAUAGUUCAGACAGAUUUUGAAGAUACUCAGAGAAAUUUAAGUUAUAAAGUUUUAACAUUUUUACAAUGGGUUGUUGAUUUUUGCUCAAGUCCAAUACCUAGAUAUAUAGUUAAAGUGGAUGAUGACUUUUUCGUUAAUCCAUUUAUGCUUGUUGAAGAAUUUAUUUCAGAAGUAUGGGAUAAAGAGAAUUUUGUUUCUUGUCAUUACAAAGAAAACAGCCGUGUAGUCAGAACAAAGACUAGUAAAUGGAACAUUCCAGAAACUGCAUAUCCAUUGAAAGAUCCUGAUGUAUUCCCCAAAACGUGUUCUGGAUAUACAGCAAUAUUUCCUGGAGAUUUAGUACCAGUUUUACGCAGCAUUUCAGUUGACACUCCAUUUAUUCCUGUUGAUGAUGCUUACUUAUUUAGUGUCAUGUUUGAAAAGCUUGAUAAUCCACAAUACAAACAGAUUUUAGAAGGGAUGACCUUAAAUAAAGAUAUGGGACUACAGGAUUACAGUGGGACCAAGAGGUUACAGUACAUGUCUGUCAGUGCCUGGGGUGAUAUCACAGAAAUAAUGAAUAUCUUAUGGAAAGGAACAAUGAAACAUUUAACAACAUUAGGUAAACAGCUUAUCAAUGAAAAACGCUUCACAAAACAGUAGCUUAACAGUUUAUAAAUUAAAAACGAUUACUAGAAAAUUUGGUAACAGCUUAUCAUUGAUAGGCUAUUACCAAAAAUUGUUCAAUCAUGUUAAAGUAAUAUAUAACUUUUUUAAUGAAAAUAAUGAAAAAAAUAUGUUUGAAUUCUUGGCACCAUUAUAGUUGGUUAUGUCAGACCCUAAAUCUAAGUUUACUUUUUUGUACCUUUUGAAAAUACUUUGAAUUCUCUGCUGAGUGUUACAAUAAAAGCAACAUUAUGAAUUUUCAUACUUGAGCCAUUAAAUGAGAAAGUUACCUUCUUUACAGUUUUCUUUUCAAAUCAUAUUUUUGAUGUUAGUCCAUUAGUACACAAUGUUCACAACAAAGUCCUAAUGGUUCUAAGAAACCUGUACAAUGAAGGCAACCAGUAGUCUUCUGACUUUAACAAACAGCUUCUUGUCCUGUAGGGGGUCUGUAUAUUGAAUGAAAUCAAGAUAAAAUAACUACUAAUAUAAAUAUUAAUUUGCGCAUUUUAAAACAGAAAGGUUAAAGUCUUUAAAGAUGGAAGAAUUUUAUUCAGUGGUCAGACACAGAAUCUUCACAAACUAUUUUUUUCAAGCAUGUCCACAUACUUUUUUUUUGGCUUAUGCAAGUCCAAAGUUCAAAAUAAAAAAAAACUAUAUCACUGCCUUUUAUUUAUCAUUAAGUUGACUGGUCAAUGCACUGAUCGUCCUGAAUAUGCAUGAAAUAUUUGCCACUGGACGUUAAGCAACCAACAAUCAAUCAAUCAAUCAAUGCACUGAUGCACUGAAGCAAAUAGUUCAUUGAAAGUGAACUCACAAACAUGCAUUGAUAAGGCCAGUAAGUAUGUGAGGAAACAAAUCUAGUAGAAAGGUGCUUAGAAACUUCAUGUUUUGUAAUAUCCUUUUUGAUAGAUGUAGGGAUUGUCUUUAAUUUGCAUUGAGCUGUGAAGUUUUGAUUUUUGUUGACUGUGUCAUUCAGAUGAAGAACAGCAAUCAAAGUAUUGUUAUUUUGCUUUGGGUUUUGUGAAUGAUUUGUUAAUGUACCGCAUCCUUAAGCCUUCUUUUCAAUAUUCUGGGAUAUCAUUGUAAGAGAAAACAACAUGAACAACAAACUCUUUACUUUUGAAUUUUAAUUGUUAUUCUUGUUUCUUCUGCUUCAUUGUCCAAGUUAUGUACAAAGUUAAAUAGAAACAAAUAAAUGAGAUAAAUUAAAGGAAUAACAGUACUGUAGUUGAAAAGUUGCCGCUGUCAAUUGGCAAUUUGACAGUCGCAAAUACAUUACAAGUCACCAGUAAAACGGAUGUUUGUGACUCAAAUUAAAAAUUGACUGCAGCAAAUCUUCAACUACAGUACUGUUUUUCUGAUUCUAAUGCGUUACGUUAAAAAAUGUAUAAAUUUGAAAUAAAAUAAAAUUCUGCAAAACUUCUUGAAUGAUUUUAGUGCAUAGACUUCAUGGUAAAACUGACGUCAUAUGAAUGAGAACUUACAAAAUGAAGAUUAUAACGUUGCUUCUAUGAUUCAAAUUUGGAUAUAAUCGCAUCAAAACGGGGUUUUUGAAGUAGGUGGUGUUUUAUUUCGAUUAUAUUGUAGUAAUCGAACAUUUCUUGAUCCAAGCAAUUCAAAAUGGUGGGUCACUCCUUAGUUACGACAUUUCAACUGUGGAUUUGGUGGUAACUUUUGGCUAAUGAAAAAUAUUGUUACAUAAAAAUUGCAUUAGAUUGUUUAUUUUACAGUAUAGUACUCCAUUGCCAUGUAUGUGAUGGGUGUUGUUUUAUUUCUUUGUGAUAUCUAUGUUUGUCGUGGCUUGAUAAGUACCUUAAACAUAUCAUCUGAAAUAGUCUCUCUGGAAAAACAUUUGAUGGCAUUUCUUCAUGUGAUAUAGUUGAUCUCAGAUUUUAAUUCAUCAUUUUAACCAGUUAAAACAAAUAACAGUAUAUAUUAUGGCAGUCAGCGAUAAAACUUGUAUACAAAUAAGUUUUAUUUACUACAGAAAAGCGAUCUCUUGCAAUGAGAAAUCAUGUCUAUACAAGACAUGACAUGCCUUAAUGCAUGCACUACAGGUUAUAAAUUUGGGAGUAGAGUUAUCUCCCUAAUUAGUCAUCCAUACAUAUUUUAUUCAUAUAGGGAUAAAUAAGAAAGUCAUAUAUCUUCUCUUCUUGGUUUUCUCUUUAUAACAUUGCUGUAAUAGAAUGUUUAAUUGUCUGUCCAUUAUUUUUGUCUUUAUUAUUCAAUGAAGUACAAUUUCAUGGACAACUAUAAUUUUCUUUUGUCUCUAUUAUUCAUAAAAGUACAAGUUCAUGGACAACUAAAUUCUCUAUUGUCUCUUUUCAAAAUAUUGACAUGCCACUCUUGAACAUUUUUAAAGGCCUUGCUGCAUUAGGUAACUCUUGAGAGAAAAGCUUGAACUCUAACAAAAAAGUUUUACAAAAACCAAGAAAAAUUUUUUUCGAGUAAAGUUAUGACUUCCCAAAACUUGACAAUUGCAAUGGUUGAAAACGAGUUAGAUGUACAUAAGUAAAUGUUUGUAAAAGCGUAAUAUGCAUUCAAAACGUUGAUGAUUUUUUUUAAAUAUGACAAAACUGAUAGAGGUCAAAUCUUUUAAAAAUUGUAUAUUAUGAAUUAAAAGAGAGAUGUAAUACAUGUAUUGUACAUGUUGUAUUUGAGAUAGAAGUGAAAACAAAAGGAAAAAUAUUACUAUUGAUCAAAUUACCCCAUAAUUGCUAUAUAUUUAUACAAAUGGUUCUAUGUUGUAUACCAUGUAUGUAAUGAUUAUGGACAAAAGCAGCCUCAUGUUUUGAUAUUUUCUAUCUAUAUUAGUUAUUUUGGAUGUCUCAUAUAAAAAAGCAAAUAUCUGUAUUAUUGUUCAUUCAUGAUUUAAUGAUCAGCUAGUAUUUUUUAUGUGAGUCUUGCCAGUCGUUAAUGUUUACUUUUAUACACAUGUAUUUAAUUUUGACAUUGUGCAAACAUAUUUAAUUUUGAAGAUCCAUUUUGCCUUACAGAUUCUUUUUUGUGGAAGAAUGCUUCCAAACUGUAGGUUCAAUUUAUACAGAAGUGGAAUAAGGGAGCUAUAGUUUUACCUUUUAACCAAAUGUUUUGAUAGGAGAAAUGGAAAAUAAAAAAGAUGACAAACCCACAAAUUAUUCUUUAUUUGGCAAAAAAUCUAAAAUUGAUUAUCUGAAAUUAAAAAAGUAUAGAAAUGGCAAAACCUUAUGUUGGCACAAAAUGAAUUAAUUAUAUAAAAUAGUAUCUGUUGAUAAAGAUUAAAAACCCACCUAUGUUUAUUUAUAAUAGAAUAUUAAGAUUGUAUAUUUUUAUAUAAUAUAUUGUUUUAUAGUAGAGAUGGCAAUGUGCAUUGAUUAUUACCCUUAAGUUUGUAAAUCUUUAAUACUGGUAUGCACUGUGUUUGUAUUUGGUAUUUUUUUCAAACCAUGAAAUAGUUUUCAGUGAAAUUAACUUUUUUUUAGCUCACCUGGCCCAAAGGGCCAAGUGAGCUUUUCUCAUCACUUGGCGUCCGUCGUCCGUCGUCCGUAAACUUUUACAAAAAUCUUCUCCUCUGAAACUACUGGGCCAAAUUUGACCAAACUUGUCCACAAUCAUCAAUAGGGUAUCUAGUUUAAAAAAUGUGUCCGGUGACCCGGCCAACUCACCAAGAUGGCCGCCAUGGCUAAAAAUAGAACAUAGGGGUAAAAUGUAGAUUUUGGCUUAUAUCUCUGAAACCAAAGCAUUUAGAGCAAAUCUGACAUGGGGUAAAAUUGUUUAUCAGGUCAAGAUCUAUCUGCCCUGAAAUUUUCAGAUGAAUCUGAAAACCCGUUGUUGGGUUGCUGCCCCUGAAUUGGUAAUUUUAAGGAAAUUUUGCCGUUUUUGGUUAUUGCCUUGAAUAUUAUUAUAGAAAGAGAUAAACUGUAAACAGCAAUAAUGUUCAGCAAAGUAAGAUCUACAAAUAAGUCAACAUGACCAAAAUGGUCAGUUGACCCCUUAAGGAGUUAUUGCCCUUUAUAGUCAAUUUUUAACCAUUUUUCGUAAAUUUUUGUAAUCUUUUACAAAAAUCUUCUCCUCUGAAACUACUAAGACAAAUUUAACCAAACUUGUCCACAAUCAUCAUUAGGGUAUCUAGUUUAAAAAAUGUGUCCGAUGACCCGCCCGCAAACCAAGAUGGCCGACAUGGCUAAAAAAUAGUUCAUAGGGUAAAAUGCAGUUUUUGGCUCAUAUCUCUGAAACCAAAGCAUUUAGAGCAAAUCUGACAAGAAUAAAAUUGUUCAUUAGGUCAAGAUCUAUCUGCCUUGAAAUUUUCAGACCAAUCAGGCAACACGUUGUUGGGUUGAUGCCCCUGAAUUGGUAAUUUUAGGAAAAUUUUGCAGCUUUUGGUUAUUAUCUUGAAUAUUAUUAUAGAUAGAGAUAAACUGUAAAUAGCAAUAAUGUUCAGCAAAGUAAGAUCUACAAAUAAGUCAACAUGACUAAAAUUGUCAAUUGAACCCUUAAGGAGUUAUUGUCUUUUAUAGUCAAUUUUUUUAUAAUUUUCAUAAAUUUUUGUAAAUUUUUACAAAAUAUUUUCCACUGUAACUACUGGGCCAAGAUCAUUAUAGAUAGAGAUAAUUGUAAGCAGCAAGCAUGUUCAGUAAAGUAAGAUCUACAAACACAUCACCAUCACCAAAACACAAUUUUGUCAUGAAUCCAUCUGUGUCCUUUGUUUAAUAUGCACAUAGAUAAAGGUGAGCGACACAGGCUCUUUAGAGCCUCUAGUUUUAUCUGCUUUGCAUUUUUCUACACGAAUAUUUCUCAAAGACUAUAGAUUAUCCUCAAAUUUUAUUUUAUUAUAAAGAAAGAAUAAUAAGUCUAGUACCUUACUGAAGCUCAUAGUGGACAUGGUAAAAUAUAUUACUGUAUGAUUGAGCUUUAUAGUUUAAUAAUGAGUUUUUGUUUGUGGACUUAAAAAGACCAAUACAUUCUUUUUUUUACCUUAAUAUUUGAGUUUAUAUUCAUAAUUUCUAUUAUGUAUCGUUGUUCAGGGUGUAAUAUAUCUAAUUGCAAGUUAUCUAAAAUUUUGACUUUUCUUGCUUUUGGAUUUCAAAAUUUAUUCAAAGGAACUAAUCUGAUUGUAAAAGAAAAUGUAUUUAUUAUUAGUAUUGUUUACAUUGUAUUUAUCUGUUUAUAGAUUUAUAGAUUUAUGUUUUUAUUGUUGCAUUGAUUCUGAAAUCCAUUUUGAUACUUUCUCAGUAAUUGUUGUUUAUUGUAUUAUAUUAUAAUUGUUAUAAUUUAGUAUUUGCUUAUACAUGUAUAAUUAGUAAGUGAUCUAUAAUCUGUGGCAAAUCUUUUUGUGGGAACUUUUUGCAUUUUUUUCUAAUUUGUUCAUUAAAUAUAAAUACUGCUAGGUAAAUGGAAAAUUUGAAAUAUCUCUAUUUUUAUAUGUGCAUUGGGGAAAUACUGGCAACUUAGUAAAUCGGUUAAAAAGAAGAUGAAUGAUUUUAGGAAUUUGUGAAAAAUAAUGAUUUUCUGUGAAAGAUAACAGUAAUGACACUGGUAAAUUUUGAAUUAUAACGUCUAAUUGGUUUUAUUUGAUUAUUUCAAUGCUAUGAAACUAUGUUAUACUGAAUUAGCAGAAGUAGCAUAAUUUUUAUGCCCCCACCGUAGCGGAGGGGGCAUUAAGUUUUACCCUUAUCCUUCCGUACGUCCCAAAGUUGGAUUCCGUUCUCUAACUUAAGUUAACCUCAGCCAAAUGUUAUGAAACUUAUACACAAUGCUUAUUACCACAAAAUACAGAUCAAGUUUGAAAUUUGGUGGUGUCACUUUAACCGUUCUAGAGUUAUGCCCCUUUACAAAAGGAAAAAUUGCUGUAUUUUUCGUUUCCGUUCUCUAACUUAAGUAUGCCUCAACCAAAUGUUAUGAAACUUAUACACAAUGCUUAUUACCACAAAAUACAGAUCAAGUUUGAAAUUUGGUGGUGUCACUUUAACCGUUCUAGAGUUAUGCCCUUUACAAAAGGAAAAAAAUGCUGAAUUUUUUGUUUCCGUUCUCCAACUUAAGUUUGCCUCAACCAAAUGUUAUGAAACUUAUACACAAUACUUAUUACUACAAAACCCAGAUCAAUAACAAAUUUGGGUAGUGUUACUUUUACCGUUCUUCAGUUAUGUCCCUUUAUAACUUUAUAUGAUAUGUAAGCGGGGGCAUCAAUUGUGUCCUAUGGACACAUUCCCCAUUUAUUUGUAAUCUUUUUCUUUUUAAUAUUUGUAGACAUUUGUCUAACAAUCUGGAACAAAAGUUUUGAAAUAAUCUGUCUUAAUACUCAUGAAAUCUUGUUAUGUUAUGUACAAUGUAUAUAUAUAUAUUUCACCCACCGGAAAAACAGAACACUAGUUCAGUGAUUGUUGAUCUUCAUAUUUAUAUAAUGGACACCUUUUAUGCUAAGGACAUUUUAAAAAAAAAUUUAUUUCUAUUUCUAUUUAUUUAUUUUUUUUUGAUAAUUAAAAUGGUAAUGCAUUGCAUGUUUAAAAAUAACUGAAAUCCAGAAUAUUCAAAAUGUUUAAAGUUCUAGGGCACUGUCUUUUUGCAUUGGUACUAUCAUAUAUUUGGCAAUCCACUAUUGCAUUUGUAGGUUCAUAUAUUUGGCAAUCUAGUAUUGCAUUUGUUCAAUGGAUAUUCUUUCAUUGUUGGGAAGAUCAUAUUUUUAAUAUAGAUUUACAUUGUAGUUCAGUUUAGGUUCUACUAAAUAUGGAUUUUUUAAAUAUUUGUCUUUUGUUUUGUUUUGUGUCAUUGUCCUUAUCAGCAAUUUUUUACUUUGCAGCAACUCAUGUAAAACAAUAACAGAAACAAAACAAACUUUGAAGGUCAUACACAAACUUUGAAGGUCAUACAGUGACCUGUACAUGUCUUUAGUUCUACAGGCUCUGAGGGACAGUUCUUAUUGCCAAUCAUACCACAAGUCCUUUUUGUCGAGCCUUCGACUUUAGUCGAAAAAGCGAGACAUAGCGAUCCUACAUUCCGUCGUUGUCGGCGGCGGCGUCCACAAAUAUUCACUCUGUGGUUAAAGUUUUUGAAAUUUUAAUAACUUUCUUAAACUAUCCUGGAUUUCUACCAAACUUGGACAGAAGCUUGUUUAUGAUCAUAAGAUAGUAUCCAGAAGUAAAUUUUGUAAAAAUAAAAUUCCAUUUUUUCCGUAUUUUACUUAUAAAUGGACUUAGUUUUUCUGCCAGGAAAUAUUACAUUCACUCUGUGGUUAAAGUUUUUAAAAUUUUAAUAACUUUCUUAAACCAUCCUUGGUUUCUACCAAACUUGGACAGAAGCUUGUUUAUGAUCAUAAGAUAGUAUCCAGAAGUAAAUUUUGUAAAAAAAAAAAUCCAUUUUUUCCUUAUUUUACUUUUAAAUGGACUUAGAUUUUCUGCCAGGAAACAACACAUUCACUCUGUGGUUAAAGUUUUUAAAAUUUUAAUAACUUUCUUUUACUAUUUUGGAUUUGUACCAAACUUGGACAGAAGCUUGUUUAUGAUCUAAAGCUAGUAUCUAGAAGGAAAUUUUGUAAAAAAAUAAAUAUAUUUUUCCAUAUUUUACUUUUAAUGGACUUAGAUUUUCUGCCAGGAAACAACACAUUCACCCUGUGGUUAAAGUUUUUAAAAUUUUAAUAACUUUCUUAUACUAUUUUGGAUUUGUACCAAACUUGGACAGAAGCUUGUUUAUGAUCAAAUGCUAGUAUCUAGAAGGAAAUUUUGUUUUCUUCCAGUUAACAUUACAUUCAGUCUGCAGUUAAAGUUUUUAAACAUUUAUUAGAUUCAUAAACUAUCCUGGAUUUUUACCAAAUUUGGACAGAAGCUUCUUACAAUCAAAAGAUAGUAUCAAGAGGAAUAUUUUUAUUGAUUUACUUCCUCAUUUUUGUUGAGCCUGCGUUUAACAGAAAAAGUAGGCGAGACACUGGGUUCCGCGGAACCCUUACAAAUUUUUAUUAUAUUGAACAUAAGCAUUGUGUCACCAAUUAAUUUUUUUAUUCAAUUGGCUUUUGGAGUUUUCCAUUUAAGGGCUAUUGCAGGUAUACACAUCUUAUCCCCUAUUCAUUCUAAACUAUGCAACAGAAGCUAACAUUGCAGGAAUAAUUACACUGAGUGUAUUAUGUCACUUUUAAUACUGCUCAGUAUUAUUAUUCUUUGCAUUUUCCCAAAACCAAUCCAGGGUAUUAUUGAAUUUAAAAGAUAACCUAGUACUUAACCACAAUGUUUCUUAAACCACAGUAUUUACAAAAACCAAUACAAAUAUUAUAUAUCCACUGACUUACACAACAGGUAAACCUAGUGAACAUGUAGUUUUUGGUCUGUGUCUUAUAAAGAGUAAUGUUAUAAUUUGCAGGAAAUUGUUUGCAACUCAUUUGUCUAUUUCUGUUCUCCAGCUCUCAUGAAACAGUGCAAAAUGAUAUUUUUACCUGACCUCUUUGAAUUUCACAACCUAAAGUUACUAUCUGAUGAAUAACAAAAAACGUAUACUUUAUGUCAGCAAUUUUUAUGAGACCUACCAAUUAUAACAUCACUUUUGUGAUUUUGCAAUAUGAAUGUGUAUAUUAUCUCAAUUAACCUGACGAUUAUCAUAAAAACCUGUUUGAGAUAUUGUACAGAACAUACAUGCAUCUGUGAUAUAAGAUAAAUUUUGUUAUUGUUACCUUUAUAGACAUUUGUAUGGAUAUAAUGUAUGAUCAAGAAGUGAGAAUUGAGAACUACCAGCAACAUUCCCUUGUUUUAUUGUUAGUAUUUUGUAUAUUUAUAUUAUAUGUCACAAUGUGGGACAAUAAAAGAUAUUGGUUGUUA